AUGAAUAACUGUGUGCUCCUGGAGGAACAGCUCAUCAAAAAAUCCCAGCAGAAGAGAAGGACGUCACCCUCCAACUUCAAAGUCCGCUUCUUUGUCUUAACCCAAUCCAAAUUGGCUUACUAUGAACAUCGCCAUGGGAAAAAAAGAACAUUGAAGGGUUCUGUUGAACUUUCCAGGAUCAAAUGUGUGGAAAUUGUGAAAAGUGACAUCAUUAUUCCCUGUCAGUAUAAAUAUCCUUUCCAGGUUGUCCAUGAUAACUACAUACUCUAUGUGUUUGCACCCAAUCGUGAGAGCCGGCAGAGAUGGGUCUUUACUCUGAAGGAAGAAACCAAAAACAACAAUAGUUUGGUCCAAAAGUAUCAUCCAAAUUUUUGGAUGGAUGGCAAGUGGAGAUGCUGUAAUCAGACAGAGAAGAUGGCAGCUGGCUGUAUAGAAUAUGAUCCCACCAAAAACGCCUCAAAGAAGCCGCUUCCUCCCACUCCUGAAGAUAACUGGGUGAGUGCCAAGUUGUUGCUGGACCCAAGGGAUGCCUCAGUCUUGGCCAUAUAUGACUAUGAAGCCCAGAAUCCGCAGGAGCUGACAUUACGAUAUAAUGAGGAAUAUUACCUGAUUGAUAACUCUGAGGAGCAUUGGUGGCUGAUUCAAGAUAAGAAUGGGCAUGAAGGCUAUGUGCCAAGUAGUUACUUGGUGGAAAAAUCACCCGACAAUCUGCAAAUAUACGAGUGGUACAAUAAGAACAUGAACAGAAGCAAAGCAGAAAUGCUCCUCAGGGAUGAGGGUAAGGAAGGUGCCUUCAUGGUGAGAGAUUCAAGGCAGCCCGGCAUGUACACAGUCUCUGUUUUCACCAAAGCAUUAAGCACAGACAACAAUCCCGUUAUAAAGCAUUAUCACAUCAACGAGACAAAUGACUUUCCCAAGAGGUAUUACUUGGCAGAAAAACAUGUCUUUGACUCUAUCCCUGAUCUCAUCAACUACCAUCAGCACAAUGCAGGAGGUCUUGUUACUCGUUUGCGGUAUGCUGUCUGUUCCUGGAGAAAAAAGGCCCCAAUCACUGCAGGGCUGAGCUACGGAAAAUUUGUCAUAAAUCCCUGUGAGCUCACCUGUGUACAGGAAAUCGGCAGUGGGCAGUUUGGGGUGGUCCACCUUGGCUAUUUGCUGGACAAGACAAAAGUAGCCAUAAAGACCAUUCGUGAAGGAGCAAUGUCUGAAGAAGACUUCAUUGAAGAAGCUAAAGUCAUGAUGAAACUGUCUCAUCCCAAACUAGUCCAGCUUUAUGGAGUAUGCUUUGAGAAAACUCCCAUAUGCCUAGUGUUCGAGUUUAUGGAGCAUGGCUGCUUGUCGGAUUACCUCAGGAGCCAACGAGGCAGUUUUUCAAAAGAAACCCUCCUGGGGAUGUGCCAAGAUGUAUGUGAAGGAAUGGCUUAUCUGGAACAAAAUUCAGUCAUUCACAGAGACCUGGCUGCUCGGAACUGCCUGGUGGGGGAAUCGCACGUGGUCAAAGUGUCGGACUUUGGGAUGUCAAGGUUUGUCCUUGAUGAUCAGUAUACCAGCUCCACAGGUACCAAGUUUCCAGUCAAAUGGUCUUCACCAGAAGUUUUCUCCUACAGCAACUAUAGCACCAAAUCUGAUGUUUGGUCCUUUGGAGUGCUGAUGUGGGAGGUCUUCAGUGAAGGUAAAAUCCCCUAUGAGAAUCGCACCAAUGGAGAAGUGGUGGAAGAAAUCAAUGCAGGUUUCCGGCUCUACAAACCCAAGUUGGCCUCCAAGGCCAUUUAUGAGGUCAUGAGCCACUGUUGGAGAAUGAGGAAAGAUGACCGGCCUUCCUUUUCCAUUCUGCUUUAUCAGCUGAGUGAAAUCUCUGAGUUUGAUCUGUAA